ACUAAUUGCUUUUUCCAUUGUGGUUCUACUCUCUCAAGCCAAGAAGGAUGACUCGAAAGCUUACUGCUUGUGCUAUGGGUUUCGUUUUCAUAUCAUCUAUAAUAGUACAGAAUUCAGCUUAUUUAACAAUCAUAGAGAGAGGACUUCGCGCAUGUAAAAGCAGUGCUAAUUCAAACGAAGAUGACAGCAGAGUUCGAAGAUGGGGAUGGUGGCCCCCUGUAAUAACUCAGCGAGAUUGUGACAUAUACCGAAAUAUUCUCUGUAAUAGUAAAAUAUUUCAAGGUAAUCUUGGGAAGGUUCCCUCAAAUCCUACUUCUUCUCCAUCUUCACAACCACCUGUUGGCCGUCUUCCGAGAAAGCGUCGUUCAAGUUCCUCGAUCAGGAAGGACUUCGAGGCCAUCAAUAUGGUAGAAAACAAUUGGGCAGUUCCCCAAAAAGACGACUGAGUGCAUAAUAAACAGGAUUUGACUUAAAAUGACGAUGUUGACAAAUGCUUCCAUGAACGCACAGAUAUGUUUAGAACGUUUAAUGUAUUAUUCAGUACUUUGACUUGGCUGCCUUACUCUUGCGUUACCUUCAGAAUGUGACAUGUACACUGAUUGCUUUAAAAUCUCGACCUAAAAAUAAAAUAAAUAAUAAAAGAAA